AUGACGAGAGGAUAUUCAUUAGAAAAUGAUUUAAGAUUAUUAUUAAAUAAUCCAAAGUAUAGCGAUAUAGAGAUUUUAUGUAAAAAUGAAGAAAAAUUAUAUGGUUGUAGAGCGAUUUUAGCAGCAAGAUCCCAUGUAUUUGAUGGAUUACUUUAUAAUGGGAUGAAAGAAAGUUAUGAAAAUCAAAUUUCUUUUCCUACGAUCAAUUAUUCUGCGAUGGAGAUUAUAUUAGAACAUACUUAUACUGGAUCAAUUAAAGAAGAAUAUUUAACAAAAGAUAAUAUAAUUGAAGCUUUGUAUGCUGCGGAUUAUUUUCAAUUAUUAGAACUUCAAGAUUUUAUUAUGACAACUCUUAAAAAUACCUUAAGAAAAAAUUAUACAGAUAAUUAUUCACCGGAAUUAUUUUCUAAAGUUGUUGAAAUAAUACCAUUAACUGAAGAUAAUAUUCUUCUUAAUUUAUUGGUUGAAUCAGUAGCAAUUAUUCCAUUAAAUACUAUUGAAUUUGGUCGAUUGUCUAUUGCAGGUCUUGAAUAUCUUUUAUUUCGUACACAUGAAAAAGAAAUACCUUUCGCGACACCAGAAUAUGAAGUUUUUCGAUAUUGUGCUAUUCUUGCAGCAAAACAAGUUUCUAAUGACGCAUAUAAAACUCUUAUGGAACGUUUACCAACCUUAGAUUUAAUAAAGGAUUCAAUAAAAUCAGAAUAUAAAUAUAUUAUCAAUCGUCAAAUAGUCGCUAAAGAAUUGGAACCUUUGGUUAAAUUUAUUGAAUUUAGACGGAUCAAAGGUCAUAUAUUAGUUGAUAUUAUCGAACCAUUAGAAAUUAUUCCACCUGAAAUCAUUUUAAAUGUCUAUCGUCAUAAAACUAAAUCAAAUAUUUCUGAUUAUAAUAAUAUUCGUGGAAUACCAUUUGAUAUUAUGUGGGAUGAAACAGCAUGUGGAUCAAAACUUAUUAUAGAGGAAAAUAGAAAAAUCAUACAUGCAUCAAAUGAUUGUGAUCUACAUCAAAGUAUUAGAGGUAAAAUGAAAUUAGAAAAUAAAGGUAUCUUUGAAUGGGACGUUAUUGUUGAAAAAUAUUGUGAUUAUACUUGGGUUGGAAUAUGUUCAUCAGAAAAUUUUAAUUAUGAAACCUUUGCAGGAAAACAACCUACUGGUUGGGUAUUAGGUUCCAGUGGUUAUUGUUAUAAUUCUCAUAAUAGAUCAAAUUAUUGUCCAUCAUUUGGAGGUGGUACAAAAAUUACUGUUCAUUUAGAUAUGGAUAAAAGAACUUGUGCUUUUACAGUUAAUGGUAUAAAAUAUCCGGAGGUAUCAGAAUGGAAUAAUUUACCAUCAAAACUUUAUCCGGUAGCAUCAUUAUAUUAUCCUGGUCGUUUAAGAAUUCAAUCUCAUCAAAAAUCUGAACCAUCUUGAGAUAUUCUUGAAUAUUCGUUAUUAAAGUAAAUAGUUAACUGAUAACAACUAUUAAAACUUUAAUAAUCUAUAAAUAAAUUCAUUUUUUACGUUAAAAAUGACUUUGGAGAAAAUUUAUAAAUCACGAAAGUUUCCAACUUUCGUAUUAAUAAUCUAAAAUCAACGCUUACAUU